CCGGCUGGCUGACCCUGUCGUUGCUGCCGCUGCUGCUGUUGCUGUUGCUGUUGUGUCCACACGCGGCGCGGGCCUUGAAUUCAUCUUCAAGAUUGGAAGCCUAGCAAGUUGUUGGGAUGUCGUCAGUCGGCACUGGAUCGAAAUGCUACGUGACUGUGAUAUCCCCCCAGAUGAUGUACCAAAUGCUACACCAGAUUUGGAAAAUCGUACAACUUUUCCUGAAGGAUACAUAGUAGGAUUCUAUUGCGAUCGCGGUUAUGUGAAAAUGAGGGGAGCGCUGAGCGGAAAACACUGUCUUCCGAACGGUGAAUGGACAAAGCUGGCACCAUUUUGUAAUCGUACCUGUAGUCUUCCACCGAAGGUACUUUAUGCAGCUAUGAAAGAUAUUUUCAUCCCAGUGAGUUAUCGCCCAGUGGGUUUUGUUGUGGAAUAUGAGUGUAAUCCGGGCUACGAAAGGAACCAUUCCGUGUCAGCGGAAGUAACUUGCCUUCGGAAUUAUACGUGGAGCACACUACAAGUAUUUUGCUACAAAAGAUCAUGUCCUGAUCCUGGACAAAUAGAAAAUGGUCAUAUCAGUAUACCAACUGACAUAUUAUUUGCCUCAGACAUCUACUUCUCAUGUAACCCAGGGUACAAAUUAGUUGGUGAAAAUUCUACUUUCUGUUAUUAUGAAGGAAAGGAUAUGGUUUGGGCCGAUCCAUUCCCAGUGUGCCAAGAAAUUCCUACAACUACUCAGAAACCCACCACGACGGAUGCUCAAAGUUCCAAAGCCCCGUCAUCGCAUCAGAAACCCACCACAGUAAAUGUUCCAGGUACAGAGUCCCCAUCAACUCCUCCAAAACCCACCACAGUGAAUGUUCCAGUUACAGAGUCCCCAUCAACUCCUCCGAAACCCACCACAGUGAAUGUUCCAGCUACAGAGUCCCCAUCAACUCCUCCAAAACCCACCACAGUGAAUGUUCCAGCUACCAAGCCCCCACCAGCUCUUCAAAAACCCACCACAGUAAAUGUUCCAGGUACAGAGUCCCCAUCAACUCCUCAAAAACACACCAUUAUAAAUGUUCCAGCUACAAAGUCCCCAUCAACUCCUCAAAAACACACCAUUAUAAAGGUUCCAGCUACAAAGUCCCCAUCAACUCCUCAAAAACCCACCACAGUAAAUAUUUCAGCUACGGAAGCCCCAUCAGCUCCUCAGAAACCUACCACAGUAAAUGUUCCAGCUACAAAGUCCCCAUCAGCUCCUCAGAAACCCACCACAGUAAAUGUUCCAGCUAUAAAGUCCCCAUCACCUUCUCCGAAACCCACCACAGUAAAUGUUCCAGCUACAGAAGCCACACCAACUCUUCAGAAUCUCACUACAGGAAAUUCUUCAACUACAAAAGCCCUACUAAUUCCUCAGACACCAAACUUCACUGUUCUAGCUAUGGAUGCCCCACCGAUUUCUCAGAAACCUCUCACAGCCAAUGAUUCAGCCACAAUAGCCAAACUAUCUCCUGUCUCAAAUGUUCUACUUACAGAGACCCAACUAACAGUCCAGACUCUCAUCAUGACAAAUUCUUCUGCUACACGAGCCACACCAAAACCCCAGAGCUUCACCACAGCAAAAGCUUCCUAUACACAGAGUCUCCCAGUAACAAAAAAAUUCACUAUGGUACAUGCCCCAAUGACUAAGGGUCUCCAUACAACACAAAGAUUGACAUCUGCUCAUAUUGCAGCCACACAGAAUGAAGCUAUCUUCACGACACCUAGCAUCUCGAAAGGAAGUGGACUCCUUACAGCAGGGAUUACCAUCAUUGGAACUGGACUUAUUGUUGGUGCAAUAAUAAUUGCUAUCAUAAGUCUAACCAAAAUUUUCGGGGACUGUGGAAGAUCAGGCUCUUAUUACAUCCAGGAGAACAACAAAGAAUUCAAUGUUAUGUUUCAUAAUUUAACAGAGACUGGUGAUGCCUCAGAAGUAUGGCCUUCUGGUAAAUUCGAAAGGACACACAUUUAUGACAUUGACAGUUUUGCUUAUGAUGCUGGUAGCCAUUGGCUACCUGACUUAGCCAAAGAAGAGAUAAGAAGAAAGUGCAUACAAGUACACAGAAUAUUCUAGUUUUUAUACGUUUCUGGAAGCACGGACACAAUAUAUGCAGUAGUGUUCUUCAUCUUGCACGUUAUCAGUGUCUUUAAGGUGCAUAGGAAUGUCAAUAAAGCUAGAAGAAAAGACUGGAAUCGCAUUCUCAACAUUUCUAAGCCUCUUGGAAAUAGGACAACUCACAGGACUGAGAGCGAUUACGUUUCUAAAAGUGUAGAGAUUUGUGAGCAUGAAGAAAAGGAAAUCAGUUAUUUUUUCCCAUUAGAUUUGUAAUGUUAUUUUUACUUACAAAAAAUAUAUAAAAAAUUAAAUACAUGAAUUGGAUAUUGAAAACAAAUGAAAAAAAUAUUGCCCAGUCUCUUGAGGAAAAUUGCCAGAGAGAGAUGAACCACAUUAUAAAGUGACCCUUCUUGACUCUAAGGCAUGUUUAUCUUUCCUUGUUCCACUAAAAUGAGUUUGAAUGGGUUGGCAAAUGUUUUAAAUGAAAAACAUGUUAAUGACUCAGAGUGUCAAGUUUCUUGGAUUUAGUUGGUGGCAAAGAAGAAGUAUAGAAGGAAGAAAUAAUUAUUUCUUUGCCACAUAAGUACAGAUAAUUAACAAGAAUUUAGCUCCUUACUUUUAAGAUGGAUUAGUGACAAUUUUCAUUUUAUUCUUCGGACAGUCUUUUUUUUUUUUUUGUAAAAGGAUCCUGGGAAAGGGUGAAAGGAGGAAAGGUGUCUUUUUAUUAACUUAAUGUCUUUAAAAGUAUCCAGAGAUAUUAUAAGAUUAACAUAAAAAGGUUCUAUAUUUCUGAAAUGAUUCUAAAUUAUAUAUCGUAUUUUUUGUGAUAUUAAGAUUAUUUAUUUAUAUUAGUGAACACACUGGAUUUACAUGUAUAACAAAAAAAGUUCAAAAGGAAAUGUAAAGAAAAAUUUAUUUUCCCUAAAUGAAAUAAAUAAUUGAUCAUA